CAAAAUCGUAAACCAAUCCGAACCGGAAAAAUCCGGUGUUUGGAAUGCUAAACUACCGGUUGACCAGUCACCUACAUAACCUAACCGGUACGACUCAUCCUCCCUCCCAAAUUUAACGGCUUCUAACGAACUUCAGAAGAUUCCAAGACUGAUUCGCGCUCUCCGAUGGCCACGUCAAUUCAUCUCCUUCUCUUCUUCCUCAUCACCACCGUAUCGUUUCUCACUUCCGCCGCUUAUCCUCCGUCACAGACACCGCAAGAUCACCUACACGCCGACAGAAUCAUCGAGGCGAUGAUCGGAGCAGGUGACUUCCGCGACUGGGCCUCCGAUUUCCUCUUCGCCGUCGAAGACCAAGUCGGCAUCCCUCUCUCCGCCACCAUUUUCAUCCCCACCGACUUCGACACCGCCGAUAUCUCUUCCUCCUCCACCAACGGUCGUCGUCUCUCCGUCGCUUAUCACAUCGUUCCUCAGCGUCUCUCCUUCACCGAUCUCAGUUUCUUGCAGCCUCUCUCUCGCCUCCCGACUCUCCUCCCCGGAAACUCGAUCGUCGUCACGAACAACUCCGUUUCCGGUUUCGCCGUCGACGGCGUUCUCGUCACCGAACCGGAUCUUUUCCUCUCCUCUCAGAUUGCUAUCCACGGUGUCGCUUCUUCUCUUGAUUGCUCCCUUUACGGCAGUUUUGGAUACCGUUUGGUCGAGGAGAUUGUUCGCCGUCAUAGUUGUCGUCAUCCUGAAAUCUACAGCAAUCGAACAACUGCUUCUUCUGUGUCCAUGUCCAUCGCACGCUUCUCAGCUACCUGCUCGUUCUUGCUUCCAUUGGCUCUACUGUUCUUCUGA